AUGGGCGGCUUUCUGAUGACGGUUGGGAAUCUGCUUCCCUACCAUCUUCUCUCAUAUGGCGCACUACUGGGAACCGAGGUGUACCAGAGCUUUGUCAACACCAAACUUUGCUUUCAGGCCCUCCCAAUGCGCGAGUUUCUGACCUUGCAGAAGCGACUGUUUCCAGUGUACUUCAAGUGCCAGGUUGGCUUGGCUGCUCUGACAGCCGCGACACAUCCACCAUAUAGCAUCUUGUCACUGGCGAAGGAUCCAUGGGGUACAAUGCCGCUUGUAGUGGUGCUCGUCACCGGCUCCUUGAACUGGUUUGUCUUUGGACCGCGGACGACGACCGCGUCCCUCAUUCGACGUGCUCUGAGUGAGAGCGAAGAGCAGUCGGAAAGCACGAACGGGAGAAAGGCUCACCAGGCCAAUCGAGAUUUUGCUCGUAAUCAUGCCAUGUCGAUUCAUCUGAACGCCAUUGCUCUUGUUGCCACAAUUUGGUAUGGGUUUUCGCUGGCAUCAAGCCUCUUACCAGAGGUCUGA